AACUAGCUGUCUGCUGGUACGUUUACCUUCAGGUACAGUUAUGGCAGAUGUCAACAAGACUGAAAAGGUUCAGCUGCACGCGCCAGAUUUAGGGGAACUACGUGUUGUAUUACAAGCAGGACUGGAAGACAACUUUGCUGAAGUUCAGGUGAGUGUUGUGGAGUGCCCAGAUCUCACCAAAGAGCCCUUCCAGUUUCCUGUCAAAGGCUUGUGUGGAAGUCCUCGCAUCACUGAUGUUGGCGGUGUGCCGUAUUUGGUCCCCUUGGUUCGGAAGGACAAGGAAUACAACAUGAACACCAUAUCAAAGGAGCUGGAGCUGCCAGGAGCCUUCAUCCUCGGUGCAGCAGGCGCUCCCUCCCGAAUUAUUGGAAUGAAUGCAGAGCUGAUGCCUCUGGUCCUGACGGAAGCUGGGGGAAGGCCGGCAGUGAACAGCAGCUACUUCUCCUCCAUCAAUCCAGCCGAUGGCCAGUGUCUGCAAGAAAAAUACAGUGACAAAUUCUCUGACUGCAGCUUUGGACUACUGGGCAAUCUGUAUGCUUGUGAAGGGAAGUCUGGAAAGGUCAUAGAGGUGCGGGCCAAGAAGAGAACAGGAGGCCACAGUCUUGUGACGGCCUUGAGGAAGACUCUUGAAGGUCACUACCCUGAUAAAAGCCUGGCUCUGGGAGGCACGUUCAUCAUCCAGAAAGGGAAAGCUAAAAUCCACAUCAUGCCGAGAGAGUUCUCAGUCUGCCCCCUCAACACCAAUGAUGACGUCAACAACUGGCUCAAGCACUUUGAGGUCAGCGCCCCGCUCAUCUGCCAGUCAGUGCUGGUAUCCAGAGACCCUGGUCUGGACCUGCGCGUGGAGCACACCCACUGCUUCAGCCACCACGGAGAAGGUGGUCACUACUACAUAGACACCACACCUGACCAGGUGGAGUACCUGGGCUACUUCAUGCCUGCAGAGUUUGUCUACCGCAUCGACAGGCCCAGAGAGACCCAUGGAGUUGGACGCGAUUGAAAAAUGAAAUUAAUGAAUUAAUAAAUCAUGUUUGCAGCACAGCAUCUCGUGAUAGCCUAAAUAAAUCAAGCAGUAUAUGAUUUAUAUGAGCUUCUGUGUAUUAGAAACCCAACAGAAACUAAACAUUUACAGAAAAUGAUUAGUUUGCAUCAUCAUCUUUGCUCUUAAUCGUCUCUAAGAUAUUACACUUACAUACAUUUCUUAAAAAAGAAAUCACUAUUUUUCAUGUAAUAAAAAAUGUAGAAGUU